AUGUCGAAGCUUUCCUAUCGCUUCACAUUCAUUGACGUCGAGGAGCUGGAUGGGUCGGAAGCGCAGGGCCGUGCAGGGAGGGCGAGGAGCGCCUCCCCCAGCCGCUUCUGGGCUUCCAUCGCCCGCCCAGACUUGACAGAUGAUGAAGUGGCCCAGCAGCAUCUCCGCCGUCUGCAAGACGGCCACGAAGCGAACCCAGAUCCAGAGGAAGCGCCCACACAAAGCCCAAGUCGUGGCAGUGUGGGGCAUCCCACCUUGUGUGCGAAACCAUGUAUUCAAUUCGCACGGGGCCUUGGGUGUCGGAAGGGCCGGGCCUGUGGCAACUGCCACUGGCCUCAUCACCGUGUCCAACCCGACAAGCGCCAGCGCGAAUUCAGCAGGAGCUUGGGAAGGGAGGAGUUCUUCGGCCUCCUGGCCGUCCUCGCACGGGAGAAAGCGGAACAGGAUGGCCUGGAAGAUGCGGGCUUCCUGCUUGCAGUGCUGGAGGUGCAGGCAGGGCUGACACCGCCAGCAGCGCCGACGAAGCAAAAACUUCGGCUGCUUUGCAACCUGCGGAAGGUCAUUCAGUCCAUGAGCUUCUCUGAGAUGAUCCGGAUGGCUGCAGGGCGCUGUGGCGAUGCUUGCAAGGCUCGCUUGCUGCAAGAGCUUACAGCAGUGAGAGAGCUCCGUAGGUUGUAA